AUGAACGAAAGCAAAUACACGUGCGAGGAAGAGUUUUACGGACCGAAGAGGGACGAAUUGUACGUGGUGAUUCCGAUCACUGUGAUAUACGUUGUGAUUUUCGUUACCGGGACCGUGGGCAACGUAACCACGUGCGUCGUGAUAUCGAGGAACAAAAGUCUGCACACCGCCACCAAUUAUUAUCUGUUCAGCUUGGCGGUGUCCGAUUUGGUGCUUUUGGUCGCAGGACUGCCGCAGGAGAUUUACCUUAUAUGGAACAGAUAUCCCUACAUAUUCGGCAACACGUUUUGCUUCCUGAGGGGACUACUGGCCGAGACGUCGGGAAACGCCACCGUCCUCACCAUCACGGGCUUCACGGUCGAACGGUAUCUCGCUAUCUGUCACCCCUUCCUGUCUCACACGAUGUCGAAGCUCUCGCGUGCCGUCAAACUGAUCUUGUUUAUAUGGAUGGUAGCUGUGAGUUUCGCAAUACCUCAGGCGUUACCGCUGAGGGUGGAGGGAACCUGCCCCCACUGUUUACCAACGGAACCCGUCAUGGGCCACUCGUUCGAGAUUUCCACGUUCGUGUUCUUUCUCGCUCCCAUGACUGUCAUCACAGUACUUUACAUCCUGAUCGGUACCGCUCUCAAAGCUUCCAGCGUGAGAAAGUCUUGCAGGAACGGCCCCAAGGCUCACAGCCGGUCGUGCAAAAAGGUCGUCAAAAUGUUGGUGGCGGUGGUGGCCGCCUUCUUCAUCUGCUGGGCCCCUUUCCACGUGCAGAGACUGUAUACGAUCUACGCGACCUUUCCCAAACCGGGUGAAGACCACGCCCUUUAUCUGCAGAUAUAUUCUAUCGUCACUUACGUCAGCGGAGUGCUGUACUACGUCUCCGCCACCACGAACCCCAUUCUAUACAGCAUCAUGUCCGUCAAGUUUCGAGAGGCUUUCAAGGAAACUUUCGCUAGGUGCUGUGGUUGCAGCUUCCGACGAGGCAAACCUCAACGCCGAUACUCAGUAUUGUCGAGAUCAAACGCAAAAGUUCCGGAGUCUUCGGACUCCGCAAAAGACGACUCCACCAAUCAAACGAAUACCGUGUUGGGCUUCAAGGCUCCGGACGAACCGUCGCAAUCGGAUAAACCAAAGAGGUUUAAAUUUACGAAGCGGGACGACCGCCCUAACGUUUGCGCAGCGCGCCCUCUGUCGCCACCGCACACGACUUUCGCCUGCUUGCCAGUGACGGCGACCGCGGACGGUCCGUUUAACGGACUCGCCCAGUAUUUCGAAUGCGUUUCGCCGUCAGAGCUGAGGACCAAUAUCGAGUUGGACGUCAAAUUGAAACGGCCCAUAGAAAUCAGCAACAGCAGCCUGAAGGACAUCGAAUUCGGCGCUCUGGAAGACGAGCUGACAGCGUACAUGAACGACCUAAGGAGCAGAGAGUUCUGA